UUUUCCCCACAAAAUCAUUGUCUUCCGUGCAAUUUUUGCAUGUCGACCAAGAAAACUGAGUUAGAAAAACAGCAUUUUACCCCUGUUUGCAUUCGCCUGCGCCUCCGCUCUUACAGGGCAGCGGAAUUACAAAUGGCGGCCGUGCCGACGAGCUCUCUACCAAAGUUAACAAAUCUAUGGACGAAUCCCCUUCGAUGCCUCCAUCUUUCGACAAUUCUUUCGCAGAUAAGGAUUCUUAAGCGUCCUAUUUGCACUGCAAGUGACUACAAUCCGUUUUUUAAACAAGAGACUUUACCGCGCUUUAGUGAAUUGCGAACCGCGCAUGUGGUUCCCGCUAUCGAAAAGUUGACUCAAGACUUCGAGAAUGACUUUACAGAGUUCGAAGCAAAAGUAGCGGAUUAUAAUGUCAAGGAACUAGUAAUUGACCGACCUUGGUCAACAAUAAUUGAACCACUAGAAAAGAUAGCAAGUCCUCUCAGUUAUGCCUGGGGUGUGACAUCUCAUUUAAAUGGAGUUCGUAACAGUCAGGAAUUGAGAAUUGCUUACGAAAAGGUUCAACCCUUAGUAGUUCAAGUGUCUAUGAAAGCAUCACAGAGUGUCCCUUUGUAUACUGCUCUUGGGAACAUUGACAAGAAUGAUGGAAGCCUUGAUGGAGGACAGCAAAGGGUGGUGUCUACAUUUUUAAGAUCAGCCAGAAAUGGAGGGGUAGCACUGGAGGGAAAAGAUAAAGAAAGAUUCAAUGCUAUUCAAUUGAGACUUGCUGAACUGGGAAACAAAUUCAGUAAUAAUGUCUUGGAUGCAACAAAGGCAUUCUCAUUGGUGUUAACUGACGCAGAGGAUGUCCUGGGAUUACCAGAGUCUCUACUUCUUUUGACUGCAGAGGCAGUAGCUGCCAAUGCUCAUGCUGGCCAGAAAGGAUCCAGUAAAGACUUUGAUCCUAAGACAGGACCUUGGAAACUCAGCUUAGAUUUACCAUGCUUUGAACCGUUUAUGAAAUACAGUCAGAACAGGAGUCUGCGUGAGAAAAUGUACAUGGCCUUCAUCACCAGAGCUUCACAGGGAGACACAGAUAACUCAGGGAUUAUCGAGGAAAUAAGGCAAUUAAGGCAGGAGAAAGCCACCCUUCUGGGAUUUGAGAACUACGCAUUUUUGUCCCUGGAUUCUAAAAUGGCUGAUAGUCCCUCCGAAGUUUGGGAAAUGAUCAGUAACUUAAAGGAUAAAAGCAAAACAGCAGCACAAACAGAACUGGUCACACUGCAGGCAUUUGCGCAGGAAAAUGGUUUCAUUGGAGACCUAAAACACUGGGACAUACCUUUUUGGUCCCAAAAGCAAAGGGAACAUUUGUUCAGUUUCACAGAUGAGCAAUUGAGGCCAUAUUUUCCAUUACCAAGAGUUCUUGAUGGGCUUUUUAAACUGUCAUCUGAAUUGUUUGGUAUAACCAUUAAGCCCGCAGAUGGUGAGGCAGACGUGUGGCACCCAGAUGUAAGAUUUUUUAACAUCAUGGAUGAAAAUGGGUAUCACAUAGCCUCGUUCUACUUGGAUCCAUAUUCCCGACCGGCAGAAAAGCGCGGGGGAGCCUGGAUGGACCAAUGUCUUGGCAAAAGUAAAGUGCUCAACAGAAAGCCUGUAGCUUACCUGGUUUGUAACCAGUCUCCUCCUGGAGCAGACGCUACACCUUCUCUUAUGACAUUCAGAGAUGUGGAGACACUCUUCCACGAGUUUGGCCAUGGCCUUCAACACAUGUUAACUACUGUACCUUAUUCAGAUGCCGCUGGAAUCCACAACAUAGAAUGGGAUGCAGUAGAACUUCCCUCACAGUUUAUGGAAAACUGGCUCUAUGACAAGACCACAAUGAAUUUGGUCAGUGGCCAUUACCGCACCAACGACACUCUCCCGGAUGAACUUUUCCAACAAGUUGUCAAAGCUCGUCGAUUUAUGGCCGGUUCACAGAUGUUACGUCAGUUGUACUUCAGUGCUCUGGAUAUGGAACUUCACACCAGUUCAGAGCCAUGGCGCGCAGUCCUUGAGAGAAUCGCCGAUGACUACACAGUGCUUAAACCACUUGAUCAAGACAGAUUUCCUUGUUCGUUUCUUCACAUUUUUGCGUCUGGAUAUGCUGCCGGCUACUACUCUUACAAAUGGGCUGAAGUGAUGUCAGCUGAUGCUUUCAGUGCGUUUGAAGAGGUCGGCCUGGACAACAGAGGUGCACUGAGUGAAGUUGGAAGAAGGUUCCGCGAUACUGUGCUGGCCAGCGGUGGUGCCCGACACCCACGUGAUGUUUUCCAAGACUUUCGCGGGCGGCCUCUCUCCUCAGACGCGUUGCUCAAAAGUUACGGUCUUCAGUGAUGAAAGCAGAUAUUACUUCAUGCUGCAUAGCAACCCCUCUGACUACAAACAAGACCACUGUGGGUGCAGUUUAUCCCAGCUACUUAGACGUUUCUUGUUUUCGCGGCAGAGUGCCUCGUGAUCUAACGCGUUUUAGAAAAAUGGACAGUUCAACGGAUUUAAGAGGACGGACGUAUAAAAAAGUUGGCGUCAAUUUCUACAUUUCUUAGUCUGCUCUUUUUUAUAAAACAGAAAAGCCAAAAAUGAUCAAACGUAGACUUCAGACGAGGUAGAAUUAUUGGGGUACUUGAUCGAGCCUGAAUUUAUUUUAGCCAUUACGUUCCCGAAACUCGCAGCGAUAGGUGUACUGAACUGAUCUAGAAAAUAAAUUGCCACAUUCGAAGGUAUAAUAUAA